AUGGCGCUGGUUUUUUUUAAACGACUAGCGCUGGUAGCAGCCCUGUCUACCAUUACCUUCCCCGUUUUGGCCGGUGUUUUGGCCCAUGAUAAUGAUCCUAGCAGCAAAACCUAUGAGAACAUUCAGAAUAUGAUCCGAAAUGUUUCAAGCUCAUCAAUCCAGGAGAAUAAUCAUAUCUGGAUAGUUAGGGUAUUUGCAAUACUUUGUUUCGUAUGGUAUGGGGUUAUAGUGCUCCUCAGCUCGCUAGGCCUAAUUGUUGUGAGGAAAAAGUAUACUCAAAUAUCUCCAGUAGUCACUAGAGAGGCGGUUACUGGAUCUGAAGGUGUAACGAUUCUGCGUCCUUUAAAGGGGAUUGACACGGAAAUGGAAGCGUGUUUGACAUCGGCUUUUUCUCAAGAUUAUCCCAAAUUUGAAAUCAUAUUUUGCAUUGCAUCUGAAUCAGACCCUGCUGUUCAGGUCGCACAAAGAUUAAUAGGACAAUUUCCCUAUGUGGAUGCUAAAAUUCUAAUUGGCGAGGGUCAUUAUGGACCCAAUCCAAAAAUCAACAACCUUGCCCAGGGUUAUGAACAAGCCAAAUAUGAUAUUAUUUGGGUACUUGAUUCGAAUGUGUGGGUUGCACCUGGUACAUUAGCUCGAUCUGUAGACGCGUUUUAUAAAGCUCCAAACAUCCAGCUUGUCCAUCAUCUGCCAAUGUGCAUGUCUAUCGUAUCUGCCUGGGAUAACAAUUGGGGUUCUAAGCUAGAUGAGAUGUUCAUGCUAACUGCCCACUCAAAAUUUUAUUCGGCCAUCAAUGCUGUGGCCAUUGCUCCAUGUGUGAUGGGCAAGUCCAAUUUGUAUCGCCGAUCCGACUUGGACAGGGCGAGUGGCAAGCAAAAGGGACAUGGAAUUAGAGUGUUUGCGCAGUACAUUGCUGAAGACAACAUGAUUGCUGAUGCUUUAUGGAAAGCAGGUGGUCGCACUGCCCUGACUGGCGACUCUGUAGUACAGCCUCUUGCCAAUGUCGACUUUGAAGGGUAUGUUUCGAGAAGGAUCAGGUGGUUGCGAGUACGAAGAUAUAUGGUCCUUGCUGCCACUCUACUGGAACCGACCACAGAAUGUUUUCUGUGCGGUAUCUUUGGCAGUUUCGCGAUUUCGGUCUUGUGGCUAAGCAAUGAAACUGCGUCAUACUUUAGUUGGAUAUUUUUUAUCACUCACUUGAGCAUAUGGUGUGCAUCUGACUACUGGCACUUUCAUAACCUGAUCCAAUACUCGAAUAUGGAACAUACAAAUAGCCCAUUCUUUGUUUCUCCAUAUUACUCCCCAGAAUACUCGACUACUAAAACCAGGCCAUUCCUGACAUCGUGGCUGCCUAUAUGGAUUCUGCGUGAGGUGCUUGCACUACCUAUAUGGGUUAUUGCUAUGUGUGGUCAUAAGAUUUUAUGGCGAAAUAAACCGUUUCGUAUCAAAAGUGAUUUAACUGCUGAAGAAAUUCUAUAA